AAUGGAUAAAAUUUUUGGUGCGAAUCUUGAAUUUGUGCGAGAAGAUGAUUACGUAGAAUAUUUCAUAUUUCCCAAGUUGGAUUUGUCGGAUGCCAGUGAUGAAAAUACACUCCGUCAGCAAUUGGAGAACACUCGCACACGCUGCAUGCAUAUUGUGGAUAAAUUGACAAAGGAACGCAACUAUAUAUGGCACAAAGAUGAAUUUGAAUUGCGUGUACGAACGUGUACCCCACAGGAAUUAUUGCUUAACGAUGAGUCAACGACGACGGCGACGACAACAAAGGAAAAGGCAGCAAAUCUCGAUUCCUUGCCACCACACUUGCACGGUGUUACCCAUUAUGGUGAUAAUAUUGCCGAUGAAUGGUUUAUUGUAUACUUGUUAAGCAAAAUCUCACAAGAAUUACCAACGGUUGUGGUUCGUGUCAUCGACUCUGAUGGCGAAUUUCUUUUAAUUGAAGCGGCUGAUUUUUUGCCCAAAUGGGCCAAUCCCGAUACCUGUGAACAACGUGUCUAUAUAUGUGAAGGCUUUAUAAAUUUGGUUAAAAGCUCUUCCACAAAUACUAACAAAUUAAUGUCCGUCUCUGAAGCUGUUGACAAGAUUCAUAAUAAUCCAACACUCUAUAAGGUUUCAAAAGAAAUACAGGAUUGUAUUGACGGCAGAGUUAAAGAGUUCCAAAGUAUCAACAAUGAUGCACUUCAUCACCAGAUUGUGCGAUUACCAUUGGGUGUUGCCAUGCUCUUAAAGAAGAAACCGUCACUUAUCUCAGCGGCGGUGAGAUCAUUCUGCGAACGUGACCCCAUUGAUAUGAAAGCAUGUCGUUCAAUGCGUUAUUUCCCACCCGAACAGAGAGUUCGAACUAAUGUGUGCUUUACCAAAUGCCUAUAUGCCAUGAUUAUGCAUAGCAGCUAUGUUCCAGAUCGUAAUAUUGGUUGGAAUUUGAAGGGCAAUCCAAAUUCUGAAGAAUACAAAGAGGAUUUGCUGGGCAUUAAGGUUGCAUGUGGUUUUGAAAUAUUAGCGUCUCAGGCAAAGGAUGCAAAUAGUGAGGAGAAAUCACCGGCAUGGAAGGCAUACGUUAGAAGUUUACAAGCCAAAGGAUAUUUUAGGGAUAACAUUGAAGGAUCUGCUGAAUAUCAACGUUUGUUGGAGCAAGCCAAAGAUUUUUUCCGAGAUAAUCAAAGUCGUUUCCGUACUGCACCAUUGGUGGGUAAAGAAAUCUUGGAUUUACUUAGAUCAACGGAAGUCAACGCUGAUGAAUUAAGAGAUGAAGAAAAUAAUUUGAGGCCAAGUGAUAGUGAUGAUUGGCUUAACAUCAGUGCCGAACAAUUGGAUGCUAUGCUGCUCGACCGUUAUGGGCCCAAAAAACUUUACAAAUCAAAUGGUGACAUAAAUGCUGAAGAAUUUACCAAAAAUAUUUCUGAAUUUCUUGAAAAAGAGUCAGCUUUGGAAGGUGUUGAACGUGAUUCCGAUGACUACAGCACCGGUGAAGAGGAAAAACAUGCCGAGGAGAAGGAACGCAAAAAAAUGAAUGCAUCCACUUCGAAAACUAAAGUCAAAAAGAACCAUUCAAUGCGACAAGCUACACGCAAAAACCCAGUCAAUUUAAACAAAUCAAAUAAUUCAGAACACGAAGACAGUUUCACCACACAGGUGAAGAGCUUUUUAGAUUUUGUCAUACCCGAAGAUAAAUGGGACUCAAAUUCCGAAAUGAGCGACUACGAAGAUGAAGAGGAUAUGGAACGUAACUUUGCUGCCAUGCAUGAAGUUGACAAACAAAUUGAUGCCGACAUAAAGGCCUAUAUGGAUCAAAUGGAUCGCGAAUUGGCCAAUACAACAAUUGGCAAAUCAUUUGAUAAAACAAAAACACACAACAAAGCCAAGUUGGCAACCGCCGAAGAAUUUGAUGAUAUCGAAGAUUUCGAACCAAUUAAUAUUAAUGUGAAUACAUUGAAAAAUAUGAUGGACAGUUACAAGUCACAAGUUGGCGGUAGUGGACCAGUUUCUAAUUUACUGAAUGCAAUGGGAGUUGGAAUGUCUGCCGCCGCUGCUACUGCAGAUGAUACAGAUGACUUGAAAGAAUCAUCUGUAUAA